AUGCCAGAUAAUUUAUCUAAUGUGGAACAAGAACAGCUCUUGGAGUUAUAUGCAGACGGAUUUUUGAAAAAUAAACAUAAAGAGUGUUCUUUAGCAUCUUUUUGGCUGCAAAUGCAACAACUAUAUCCGAAUUUAACAGAAAAAGUGUUAAAACAUGUUUUGCCAUUUCCAACAUCAUAUCUAUGUGAAGUUGCGUUUUCAGCAUUAGUCGAUAUUGAGUCGAAAAAAAGAAACAGGAUUUUGGAUGUGGAGCCGCAUCUUCGAUUAAAAUUAACGAAUAGGGAACCUGAUUAUAAUCAUUUGGCAUCAUCUCAACAUAAACAAAUUCAUCCAUCCCACUGA